AUGGCCGGUUCUUACCCGAAGAAUGGCACCACGUCAUCCAAGGGAUCUUCAGGGUCAAGAAAAUCCUCAAUUAAGCGCAAUUCGAGUAUCUUGAGUUUCUUCCAGAAGACCGACACGCCACCGGGCGCCACUUCUCGCCAGGCGCGGAUCACUCAAUUUGCAACGGUGACCUCGCGUUCACCGAGCAGCGGCCGGGGCACUCCAACUUCUCAACGAGGGGAUAAUUCAAGAUAUGAUCAUGCUGGUGGGCUAUUUUUGGAGGAUAAAAAGGGACUGGCAAAUGUUGAACGAGCAGCGGCGACGAGCGAAAGAGAGCGUUCACUCACGCCUGAUAUUUGGGGGGACGAUGAGGAGUUUUUGAAAUCGGAUCCCAAUCGAUAUAAUGAGAGAGACACAGCGGUCAAGCGUCGGAAGCUCGACUCACUGGACAGCCCGGCCGACGAAACGCGACAACCUGACGCCGAAUCGAAGACUACAAAAGCACCCACACCUGCACCAGCGCCCGCAAAGACCAAGAAAAUGAGCGGACCAUUCAUCGAUGAGUCCGAUAGCGAGAAUGAUAUGGAAGCAUAUCGAGAGCUUCAUGAAACGACUCCUGUCGCCAAGGAUGUGACGAACGACACAUUGCAAAGGGACAAAAUAGUGGCCACAGAACGCACUUUCGAACCUACACCCCUGCCACUGGUAAGAGCCGCCACGAAUGCCGAUGAUAAUGAAUCCACGAAUUUUGACGAUAUAGAAGAGGAAGAUGAGUUUGUAGGGGAAGAGUUUCGAAAUCGGCCUUGGGAGGGUGAGGAACAAGAGCAGCAAGUCGACCUUGAGGUAGAUCCUGACAAGGACUCAAACGACUCUUCUGGUGUAGAAGGUCUCGAGGGUGAAGUGAGCACAUGUCCUAUUUGCCAAGUGAUGCUAAAGGAUCUUGAUGAAACGGCAAUUUCAGUGCAUGUAAAUGAAUGCCUUGAUGGCAAAUCGAACCCUUCUCCAGCCACGCCCGCUCCUAAGGCCAUGCUGAAGCCGACUCCAAAGCCUGCCAACAUCGACAAAGGGCUGACCCGUGCGGAGCGAGCUGCUAUUGCCCGGCCUGCGCAAGUUGAUCCCUACUCGCAUAGCAGACCCAUUGAAGGUUCCGCAUUCUCCAAGAUGAUGGCUGGAAAUGCAGAAGACACUGCUUGGGCUACCGCAGCGGCAAACGAGCUGUCUUCUCGCGGCAAACAAGCCUACCAACGGACUUGUCCAUUUUACAAAAUUCUUCCGGGGUUUUCCAUAUGCGUCGAUGCCUUCCGAUACGGGGCUGUCGAGGGGUGUAACGCCUACUUUCUCAGUCACUUUCACAGCGAUCACUACAUAGGGCUCAGCAAGUCCUGGUGCCAUGGGCCUAUUUACUGCAGUCGACCGACUGCCAAUCUUGUCCGCCAGCAGCUCCGCGUUGAUCCCAAGUGGGUAGUUGACCUCGAGUUUGAAUCUACCACUGAAGUACCGGAGACGGGAGGAGUGCGGGUCACCAUGAUACACGCAAAUCAUUGCCCCGGCAGCUCACUUUUUCUUUUCGAAAAGAGUUAUGGGAAUAGCCCUAAUGCCAGUAAACAGCGGGUGCUGCAUUGUGGUGACUUCCGUGCAUCUCCCGCUCAAGUGCAACAUCCACUUUUACGUCCCGAUGUGAUCAUCCCAGUAACCGGUAAGCCGAGACAGCAACAUAUCGACAAAUGUUACCUCGACACCACAUACCUCAGCCCGAAAUAUGGCUUUCCCGCUCAGGAGGAUGUGAUUACAGCGUGCUCAGAGCUAUGUGUGCGCUUGAAUCAUGAAACUGGUGUAGGACUUGAUGCGGGGAAGAAUGACACGGGUGGUUUGAUGGGCAAAUUUCUUUCUGUCGCCACAGGGAUCAACAAAGCCCUGGAUAAAGGCUCGCAGGCUGGAGGGCGACUACUCGUAGUCAUUGGCACUUACAGUAUUGGCAAAGAACGGAUAUGCAUGGGAAUCGCCCGAGCACUUGGAUCCAAGAUUUUCGCGACUCCACCGAAGCAACGGAUAUGCGCCUGCUUAGAAGACCCGGAGCUCACCGCGAUGCUAACCAACAAUCCCCACGAAGCGCAAGUACAUAUGCAAACUCUUUUCGAGAUCCGUGCCGACACACUGGCAGACUACCUCGACGGCCUCAAACCACACUUCUCCCGAGUCGUCGGUUUCCGCCCAACCGGCUGGACCUAUCGCCCACCAGCCGGGCGACUGGUACAAAACCCACCGGUCUCCACUGUGCUGCACGGCGAAAACUGGAAGUCACCUUACACCAGUCAAGAUCUCACACCGCAGCGUGGCAGCACGCGAGAAAGCGCCUGCUUUGGUGUGCCCUACAGCGAACACAGUUCUUUCCGCGAGUUGACCAUGUUCUGUUGCGCUUUGCGUAUCGGGCGCGUCAUUCCGACGGUAAAUGUUGCCAGCCAGAAGAGUCGGGAUCAGAUGAAAGUAUGGAUGGAGCGGUGGGACGCCGAAAAGAAGAAGAAUGGGUUAUUUCCUGUCACCGGCGAUCGGUGGUGA